AUGAGCUCCCCCUCAAGUUCAUCAGCGCUGGAACCAGCACCACCUCUCUUGCAGAAUCAUGUGAUGAUUACAUUGUUGGUAUGUGAUAUAGGAGCUGAAGGUUCUGUUGAAGUACUGUCCACAGCCAAGGACAAUUGGGUGCCACAGUGUCGUGAACCUGAGGAGGUGAAGGUGAGCACUGAGAGGUUGGAAGUUAGAAUCGGUGGGCGGAGAGAAGAGAAUGUGUCACUGGAUGAUGGGCGGUCGUUGCAGGCUGCAUGGAUUCGCCAAGACAUGGAACAUCAAGAGGAGGAGGAUGAUGCAAAUUCCAAUGAUUCCGCUACAUGGGAAGAGCAAAGUUUUGAAGUUGUUGAAGCAAAGUCAAAUAGGCGGAAGAGCAAGGAUACAAUUCCUUGGUCUGAAAUAGAAGAUUAUUCUGCUGGUGGCAUAUCUGUAGAUUCUGGGAAAUACUGA